UUGUCAAUAUGCAAACAUAUCACGAAUUCCAACAGCCAAAUGGAACAUUUUUCACAGUUCCUGUUCGAUAUGUUAAUGUGCAACCAUUUCAAUUUGAUAAGCCUUUUGUUGUGCAUGCUUUUGACCAAGUUCUUGGUCGGCCAGUUGUGAUCAAAAAAGUUAUGCUGCCGGAUAGUCUUCAUGAUCGUCAACCUUGGAGACGAGCUCAACGCGAGCUGAAUUGCAUGUUGAACAUUGAAGAUGACAACGUGGUCAAGAUGUACAGCACAUUUACUCCUGCAGAAAAUCCACUAAAAAUGACCGAAUUUUAUAUAGUAAGAGAAUAUAUGCAUGGAACCAUGAAAAAUCUUUCUGCGUCAACAUUUAACGAGGGAGGACAUAGAACUGUCAAAUCUAUAUUUUUUGACAUUUGUCGCGGUGUACAAUACCUGCACGCCAUGAGGAUAAGCCAUCGAGACCUAAAACCAGAGAAUAUACUGAUGAACCAAGAAGGAGACGUGAAACUUUGUGAUUUUGGUCAUUCAAAUAAAGAAGAUCCCACUUCAAACACGCCGUAUAUUGUUCAACGAUUUUACAGAGCACCUGAAAUAAUUUGUGAAACUACGGAUAAUAAUAAGACAAAUGUUGACAUCUGGUCCUUGGGAUGUAUUCUCGCAGAGUUGCUAACCGGUCAUGUACUAUUCCGUGGCAAAGAUCACAUUGAUCAGUUCAUUUUAAUGGUUCAGUUCCUAGGAAACGCAGGACCAUCUUUCUACUCACAAAUGAAUGAGCAUGCCAGAAACUUUUUGCUCCGUUAUAACCUAGAUCAGUACCAGGCUCCAAUCAAUUUUUACUCUCGCUUUCCCGACACGGUAUUCCAAGGAGUUUUGCAAUUCGAGCCAAAGGAAUGUGAUAUGUCACGUGAUCUUCUUUUCCGAAUGUUGGUUAUUAAUCCGGACGAUCGACUUAAUAUACAAAUGGUUUUGUCGCAUCCGUAUUUGAGAGAGAUUUGGGGCGAAAUUGUGGCCGAAGAUGUGAUUCCUGAGCCUCAGCCUCCAAAUGAGCUUCUCAGAUUUUUCGAUUUUCAACCUUAUUCGAGUCCAUUGGAUAUGAGAGAGGAGAUUUUCCAGAAGAUUAAAAACUUUGGAAAUCAGUAUAAUAUUAUGAACGAAUCGAAAAAUUGAACCUAGUUUUUAAAAAACUUGUACAUCAAUUUUUCUUGAUGUUUUAUGAUUUAUGUCCCAGUGCGAAAAAUUCAGAUCCCAGUGUUUAUUUAUUGAAUGAAUCUUGAAGUUUGCAAAACUCGCGCUGUU